UUUCGGCGACGAAUCGUUUUGGUUCUGAUUCGCGAAAAAAUGGAGUGCUGCUAGUAAACAACGCGAUUUUCUAGACAGUUUUCUAGUGAUUUUUAGUAAUUUUAGCUUGAAUUCGUCCGUAUGAUAGCGUAAAAUAUCCUUGAAUAGCUCAUCGAUAUGUUUAAAGUGGCUGUGCUUGCGGGGAUGCGCCCUACCGGAGCGAUUUACAGUGCGUUCGUUGUUGUGUUGGUACUGCUCCUGGGAUCGGACAAUGUGCAAUCCCAGCGGAUCAAGGACAACAUGUACACCCCGAUCAGUGGGGCGCACUGCUUCCGGCGGCUGAACGGUACCCACGUUACCGGGUGCAGUUCCAAGUUGGGUGGAUCCGUGGGCGUUCUGCACUUCAUUCGCUCGGAGGCUGAUAUUGACUUCGUGGUGAGGAAGCAUCCUGCGCCGCCGUAUGCUCCGGUCCUGGCGCCACAUCUGUUCACGCGCGAGAACAUCCUGCGGUUACGGGAUCAGGGUGGGAAGCAUGUUUCGGCGGUGGUUCUGAUCAACAAUGCCACCGAGUUGCAGCAGUUCAGCCAGGAAUCGAGGUGUCCCAAUCAGUUCAGUGGAUUUGCGAAGGGCGAUGCGGGAACUUGCGAUGUGGAGCGAGCGGAAGGCAGUUGGAAUCCGUGGGGAACGGGGCUGCUGUUGGAGGAUUUCCCGUUCCCGAUCUAUUAUGUGGCGGAUCCGGAUGAGAUCGACAAGUUGUACGAUUGCUUCGAGAAAUUUAACAACUUUGAUUUGGAGAAUCAGCACCAGCGGAGCCUCUGCAGUAUCGAGGUGAACGCUUUCAUGUCCGCGGCGGUUGACACUAGGGUUUGUCUGACGAGGUCGACGGUGUUUAACUCGUUGACGCCGGUCAAAUUCUGCGAUCCACUUCAAGGGAAGAACGUCUUUGCCACGCUGUUUCCUCGGGUGUUGGUGAAACCGGAGGAGCGGAAGGUGGACCCGAGCGAAAGGAUCAUUCUGGUAUCGAGCCGGAUUGACACGACCACGAUGUUCGAUGGAAUCGGAUUGGGUGCGAUGGAUUCCCUGGUUCCGUUCACGAUUCUGGUUUCCGUGGCCCAUUUUCUGGCGAAGGUUCUGCCGGAGCGGGUCAAGUCAUCGGAUCCCAAUGUUCUUUUCAUGUUCUUCAACGGAGAGUCGUACGACUACAUCGGAUCCCAGCGGUUUGUGUACGAUCUGCAAAAAGGAGCCUUCCCAACCAAAGGUAGUCUCACCAAUCCGAUCUCCAUGGAAAACAUCGAUGUGAUGAUAGAUCUUGGCACGAUGGACGAUCUCAACAAGUUGAGAAUUUUCAAAGCAUCAGAGUUGGUUGUGGCGGACAAGAUUGCAACAAUGCUCGGAAGAAUAAACUCCAAGUUUGCAUUCAAUGUCGAAGUAGACAAGGCCAACCCGAAGGAAGGUCUCCCUCCGAUGUCAUCCCAUUCGUUCCUUCGGGAAAAUGCGUCCUUCCCAUCCGUAAUGAUCACAUCGAUCCCAGGGAACCACUACUACCAUUCCAUCUACGACGACACCGAGAAUCUCAAAUAUUCCUACGGGAACCAUUCGACGGAGAACGACUUUACCCAGCUGGAGGAUCUUGGCCAGAAAAACGCUCUGUUCGCUGAGGACUCGAUUCAACUUCGCUUGAGGAACGUUUCCUCCCUUCUGGGGAUGGCUAUCUACGAGCUGAUCACCGGCGCCAAAUACGACCCCCGUUUCGGAACCAACAGCGUCCUGAUCGACGAGUUCCUGUACUGCUUCUUGCUUUCAGCCGACUGUCCUCUGUUCCACGCCGCCGCAAAGCCCGACUACCCCAAAGCAUUCCCGGUGCCUCCGGUUCGCUACAUCAGCGUCCAUUCCACGCUUCCUUCGGAGGCGUCCGGCUGGACGCAUCGAAUCCUUGGCUUACUCGUCGGCCAGAAGGUCAACCAGUCCACCAAAGCCGACUGUCAAGCCCUGCAUCUGCCCUACAACUGGUACGCCGGUUAUUCCGGCCAGGGCGAGUGCCGCUGGACGACCCAGAAUUUCACCCAAGCCCUGUCGCCGGCCUUCCUGGACGAUGGGUACGACUUCAAGUCGCACCGUUACUCAACGUGGACCGAGUCCACCUGGCGGGAGUUCUCGGCGAGGAUAUUCUUGCGGCCGUCGGCCUCGCACGAAACCCUCACCCUGUCGAUCGGGUUCGUCGUGUUGGUGAUUUCGUUCGUGCUGGUGUUCCUGAUCAACAGCCGGUCGGAGGUGCUGUUCAACCAGGGUGCGGCGACGAUACCGAUUGCACCUCCAACGCAAUGCUAAACUCAAACUCCAUCGACUGAUAUUUGAGAUGUAACUCAUUACCCCGUCCCUUAUUACCAUCUCGGCCCAAA